AUGAUACCUUCACUCCCUAAUGUCGACAUAGACACAGAAAUUCCUCUCCCACAAGGACAAGAUUCUUCUCACUAUCGUUGUUACACGUCACACGGUCUUUGUUUUUUAAAAGUUUACUCUUCUUCGAAAAGUUAUACAUUCAGCGAUUUGCAUGCGAUUCACACAACCCUGAAAGCAAACAACAAAAAUUGUUUGAUUCAAACCUUCGACUUUUUUCGCGAUGAGAAUACAUUCACGGUAGUCACUGAAUUCUGCGAAAUGGGAACUUUUGAAACGUUUUUAAAGAGCUCAUGUGAAGCAUUCAAAUACAGAGUAUUACUCGACGUUUCUCGCGCUAUUGGAUAUGUCCACUCCUUCGGACUCAUAGUCGGCAAUAUAUUACCGUCGUCGAUCUUCGUGACAUCUCUCGAUAUCACACUCGACUCCAUCGCGAAACUCGCUGUCUCGGGACGUAUCAAAAAGCUCGACGUCCACCGAAUGCCAACAAAGCAGUUCUUUAAGCGAUUAGUCUAUCGUGCGCCGGAGGUCUUCUCCAAAUUUCUUCAGAACCCCGAGUCGGACAUUUUCUCGUUUGGGAUUUUGCUGUAUGAAGUGUUUACACUGAGUGUGCCGUACACUUCCGACGACGGCAAAAUCCUCUUCUUCGACUUUUUCUCAAGCACAUUUUCCUUUUGCGCGAAGCGGAAAUACCCGUUGACUGAUGGAGUUUGGGAGUUAAUUAAGAAGUGUUGCCAAUACAAAGCGACACUCCGGCCGACACCGAAAGAAGUAGAAGAAGAAAUAGUUCUUUUAAGUGCAGGGAAAACUUAUAUAGGGGAAGGAGUGUGUACAAUUGAGAGUGAAGAGAUCGAAGACACGUUAUCUCUUGUUGACAAUUAUAAGGAAGUAUUAGGGAAAUGGGUGGGACUUGAGAAGUAUCGAGUUAUCUAUUCAUCAAAUACAGACGAGUUAUGUGGUAAUGUAGUGAGUAACAAAAUAUAUGAACAAAGUAAUGUGAUGGUUGUUGUGACGACGUUAGAAGGACAUGUGUUUGGCGCUUAUGUCGGAAACCAAAUCAAAAAGAAGGAAGAGGUCUUCCGAACCGAUGUCGACUUUAAAAAGCAAAACGCACACUUCGCAUUCACUUUGAAAAAUCCUUACAAUACAAAACCAUUGGUGUUCUAUAAAAGGAAAGAAUAUGUCGUCGCUUUACGUUUGUAUAACACCAAAGUCGGUGAGGUCAUUGCAGUCCCAAGUUUCUUUAUUAUAUAUUCAAAUCAAGACUCUUACAUCUCAACUAAUUUUAAUGUGGUUUAUGAGGAUAAUACAAAUAUCGGUUUCGACUUGUUUUGUACUGGAAAAGAUUACUCGACCGCUCACCAAGUCACUUUUAAUAUGAAAGAACUCACAUUACUUGAAUGGUUUUAA